GGACUGCUUAUCUUAGGUGGCACAAAAUGGCGUCAGCACACACACAGUUACUAACACCAGCUUUUCACUAUAAUAUUUUGAAGCCCUAUGUGGCAGUAAUUACAGAUUCCACCAAAGUUAUGCUGGAUAAAUGGGAGAAGCUGAUUGCAAAGGAGCCCAUGAAGUCUUUGGAGAUGUUUGACCAUAUUAGUUUAAUGACUCUUGACAGCAUCAUGAAAUGUGCAUUCAGUCAAAAGAGCAAUUGCCAAACUGACAGAGACCUGGAUUAUUAUGUCCAAGCUGUGUCAGACUUAACUUUCCUGUCAUUUCAGAGAGUUGUCUCUACUAUACUUCGCAGUGAUUUCCUAUAUUCAUUUACCCCAUCAGGACAGCGUUUUAAACAGGCUUGUGAAUUGGCACAUCAUCAUACAGAAAAAGUAAUUGAAGAGAGAAAGAAAUCACUACAUAAUGAAAGAGAGCUUGAAAAGAUUAAAAAGAAGCGACAUUUGGAUUUUUUGGACAUUCUUCUUUGUGCCAAAUAUGAAGAUGGAACCGGACUAUCGGAUGAAGACCUCCAUGCUGAAGUGGACACUUUCAUGUUUGCAGGCCAUGACACAACAACCAUUGGCCUCUCUUGGCUACUCUAUAUAAUGGCUAAGCACCCAUAACAUUAGCAGAAAUGCAGAGAAGAAGUCAAGGAAAUCUUGGGGGAUCGGGAAGACAUCCAGUGGGAUGAUCUUGGUAAGAUGACCUAUUCCACGAUGUGCAUAAAAGGGAGUCUCCGUGUAUACUCCCCAGUUCCAACGGUGUCCCGAAAGCUCAGCAAACCUGUUACUUUCUUUGACGGACGCACUUUGCCUGAAGACAUUAUAGUUGCAGUUGACAUUCAUUCUCUUCAUAAAAACCCCAGCAUUUGGCCAGAGCCUU